UUCCUUAGCUCCGGGAGCGGGACCAACGGGAGUGGCCCUCCAGAAGGCUCCUCCUCCUGAGGGGCGGGGCCUGAAAAUGACUGGCUGGCCUUUCCUCCGUUGAGAGCUCUGCUUUCUUCUGAUUGGUUGGCAGGUGCCUCCGUGUUUUCCGGCGCCGACGCAGCGCAAUGACGUAUGCCCCGAGAUCCCACGUCCAAGAUGGCCGCGGUCGGCAAGGAGAGACGUCGCUGAGGGGCUUACCUGAGGCGAGGGGAUUCUAACAUUUUCAGAGAACCUUUUGAAAAGAACAAGUCUACUUCAAUAAAUGAAGGAAAAUAAAGAAAAUUCAAGCCCUUCAGUAACCUCAGCAAACCUGGACCACACAAAACCAUGUUGGUACUGGGAUAAGAAAGACUUGGCUCAUACACCCUCUCAACUAGAAGGACUUGACCCAGCCACUGAGGCCCGGUACCGCCGAGAGGGGGCUCGGUUCAUCUUUGAUGUGGGCACACGUUUGGGACUACACUAUGAUACCCUGGCAACUGGAAUAAUUUAUUUUCAUCGCUUCUAUAUGUUUCAUUCUUUUAAGCAAUUUCCAAGAUAUGUAACAGGAGCUUGUUGUCUCUUUCUGGCUGGGAAAGUAGAAGAAACACCCAAAAAAUGUAAAGAUAUCAUCAAAACAGCUCGGAGUUUAUUAAAUGAUGUUCAAUUUGGCCAGUUUGGAGAUGACCCAAAGGAAGAAGUAAUGGUUCUGGAGAGAAUCUUACUACAGACUAUAAAGUUUGAUUUACAGGUAGAACAUCCAUACCAGUUCCUACUCAAAUAUGCAAAACAACUCAAAGGUGAUAAAAACAAAAUUCAAAAGUUGGUUCAAAUGGCAUGGACAUUUGUAAAUGACAGUCUCUGCACGACCUUGUCACUGCAGUGGGAGCCAGAGAUCAUAGCAGUGGCAGUGAUGUAUCUCGCAGGACGUUUGUGCAAAUUUGAAAUACAAGAAUGGACCUCCAAACCCAUGUAUCGGAGAUGGUGGGAGCAGUUUGUGCAAGACGUCCCUGUGGAUGUUCUGGAAGAUAUCUGCCACCAAAUCCUGGAUCUUUACUCACAAGGAAAACAACAGAUGCCUCAUCACACGCCUCAUCAGCUGCAUCAGCCCCCAUCGCUCAACCCCACACCACAAGUGCCACCAGUGCCACCGUCACAGUCGGCUCAAGGCCCUGAACCACCGCAGCCCCCACAGAAGGACCCGCAGCCAUCAACCCAGCCGCCGCCACCGCCACAGCAAGUCCAGCAGCCCAAGAAACCGUCCCCACAGCCUAGUCCUCCCCGCCAGGUGAAGCGAGCCACGGUUGUUUCUCCCAAAGAAGAGAACAAAGCAGCAGAACCACCACCACCUAAAAUUCCCAAAAUAGAGGCCACUCACCCUCCAUUGCCUCCGGCCCACCCACCUCCAGACCGGAAGCCUCCCCUCUCGGCUGCCUUAGGCGAGGCCGAGCCACCUGGCCCUGUGGAUGCCAGUGAGCUCCCCAAAGUCCAGAUUCCUCCUCCGGCCCACCCGGCCCCUGUGCACCAGCCACCACCGCUGCCACACCGGCCACCGCCACCGCCACCCUCCAGCUACAUAACCGGGAUGUCCACCACCAGCUCCUACAUGUCUGGAGAGGGCUACCAGAGCCUGCAGUCCAUGAUGAAGACCGAGGGCCCCUCCUACAGCACCCUGCCCCCUGCCUACGGGCCUCCAGCCCACCUGCCCUACCACCCCCAUGUCUACCCCCCCAACCCACCCCCACCACCGGUGCCCCCUCCCCCAGCCUCCUUCCCCCCACCUGCCAUCCCACCCCCGACUCCCGGGUACCCUCCACCUCCACCCACCUACAACCCCAACUUCCCGCCCCCACCUCCACGCUUGCCCCCCACCCAUGCCGUCCCACCUCACCCUCCUCCAGGCCUGGGCCUGCCUCCAGCUAGCUACCCACCUCCAUCUGUCCCCCCUGGAGGACAACCACCCGUGCCCCCACCCAUCCCCCCACCUGGCAUGCCUCCAGUCGGGGGCCUGGGGCGCGCAGCCUGGAUGAGAUAACCUGACGCCUUUUUUCCCCUUUGUUUUUUUAACAAGUUUUUCUAAUUAACGUGAAGGGUAGUUGAAGUGAGGAAGCAGCAGGGUACCUUGUAUAAUGCUAGACAGUUGCAGUAUGGGAAGACAUGGACCAGGCCCGGGAGGUGAAUCAGCCGGUCCUCCACGCCUGGGAAUGGGACAGCCUCGGCAGGGCCCGGGCCGCCUGGCUGUGCUGGUGUCAGCUGAGGGCCGAGUCCUGCCCUGGGUGACUAUACUAGUGAACAUGUUAACCAGCCAUAUUGGCUCAAUAAAUAGCUUCCGUAAGGAGUGAAUUUCCUUCUAGAAAUCAGUGCCUAUUUUUCCUGGAUACGCAGUUUUAAACAGUCCAGUUCCACCUGAAGUCAAGCUGUCGUCAUCACUUGCAUUCCGUGUUCUCUUCCAUGACACCCAGUCAGUCAGAACCUGUUUUGAUUUAGAUAUAUUUACAUCUUUGUAUUAAAGUUAUUUUGAAGGGGU